CAUCCUAGCGCCACUCACAACUUCCUGUUUUUGUUCCACACAAGUUACUCCAGAGUGGAAGAAUGGCAGAAUUAAACCGACAGCUCCAGGAAUAUCUGGCUCAGUCUAAAAGCGGAGCGAAGACAAUUUCCCAGUCCAGCUCCAGCACAACCAUAGACGUCGAUGAUGAGGUUUCGGUGUCCGGCAGCUGGUUCGGCAGGUGGUCGAGCCCGUUCUCCGGGUCCAGCAGCCGCGGAGCGACAUCAGGCCAGGGCUCCAGCGGCGGCUUCUCGUGGCCGUGGUCAUCAGAACCGGACCCGUGUUUACCGGGUUUGAGUCGCUCUCAGAGACUCGUCGCCUUCGGGACGUGUAUAUUCUUCUCAGCUCUGUGCUUCGGACUGUCGGCGCUGUACGCUCCGUUACUCCUGCUGAAGGCUCGGAAGUUCGCGUUGCUGUGGUCUCUGGGCUCCGUGUUUGCUCUGCUCGGGGCGGCGAUCCUCCGCGGACCCAGCAAACUGAUAGCAACUCCCACACCGGGCGCUGCCGUGUAUCUGUGCUCUCUGGCGGGCACUCUUUACGCAGCGCUGAGCCUCCACAGUACGCUGCUUACCGCGCUCGGAGCCUGCCUCCAGAUCGCCGCUAUCGUGGGAUACAUCGUGGCUUUGUUGCCGGGUGGGAGUGCAGGGAUGAGGUUUGUGGGCGGAAUGGCAGCAUCCGCUAUUAAAAGGACCGUGACUGGUAAAACCAUGCCUAUAUGAUGAUAGAUUUCACGGACUGGACGAACUUUAUCAUUUGAAACUUCUGUUUUAGAGGAAGACUCAUUUUUUGGGGAAACUGAUUCAUUUUACAAGUCCCCUAGAUGUAAACUGUUGAGUUUUACCAUUUUAAAACCAUUCAGACAAUCUUCUGCUCUGGCUGGAGCACUUUUAGCUUAGCUUAGCAUAAAUCAUUGAAACGUAUUAGACCGUUAGCAUCUUGUUCAAAAUCCAAAAAAUAAUUUAGAUAAUUUUCAAAUUUAAAGCUUAACUCUUCUGUAGUUACAUUGUGUAAUAAGAUUUUUAAAAAUGAUGCUAAUGGUCUAAUCUGAUUCAAUGAUCUAUGCAAAGCUAAAAGUUCAGCUGAAUGCAUUAAAAAAUGGUGAAACCUGUUUAACUCUAGGGGAGUGGUAAAAUUAGCCCAUAUUUAAAAAAAAGUGGAGUGUUUCUUUAUCUUUUAUGCGUGACUGGUCUGAUACAGCCACAAUUGAAUGUGAGUGCAGCAGCCUAUACAAAGGAGUGAACAGCAUUCUGUGGAUGGAGAUAUCCCAAUUUUGUAAUUUGCACAGUGACAAGGACCAUGUCAAAUCAAGACAGAAUUACUACAGCUACUUUUACUGUUUCCGAGCUGCUUUUUGAAAUGUGACUUUAUAAAUAAACAAUCUCAUCUGUUCUCU